GCGCGCUAUACUCCUGAUCAGGUCACCAAAUGAAUGAAUCCGGCUCGUGUAUGGGCAAUUUUUAAAGCACCAUCUAACUUUGGAUUCAAUGCAUUUAUCACUCGUCAUUAGUGAUGACUUGGCUUCUGUUGUGGGUUCUUCUCGCUUGUGUACCACAGAUUCACAGGGCAUUUUCCCAGGAUUCUCCUAAGAUGCUGUCCAUACCAGAGUCCGUGUCCCCGGAGCCCUAUAACCGCACCCAGUACUGCCAAUGGCCCUGCGAAUGCCCUGAAACUCCCCCCACCUGUCCGCCAGGUGUUAGCCUGAUCACGGAUGGCUGCGAUUGCUGCCAAGCAUGUGCCAAACAGGUGGGGGAGGUUUGCAACGAGAAAGAAAACUGUGACCAUCAUCGUGGCCUUUACUGUGAUUACAGUGCAGACAAGCCUAGGUACGAAAAAGGAGUAUGUGCGUAUUUGCCAGGCACUGGCUGUGAGCACAAUGGUGUGAUCUAUCGCAACGGCCAGAGCUUUCAGCCCAAUUGCAAAUACCAGUGUCUGUGUGUUAAUGGGGCGAUUGGAUGUGUGUCGCUGUGUAAUGAGUCUCAGCCCCCCAGGGUCUGGUGCCAGAACCCACGGCGAGUUCAAAUCCCCGGCCGCUGCUGUGAGCUGUGGAUCUGUGACGAGUCCAGGAGGGGGCGCAAGACAGCGCCACGACACACAAUGGCCGCCCUGUCUAGUAUAAAGGACAGCUGGCACAAUAACUGUGUGACCCAGACGACCUCCUGGAGUCCCUGCUCAAAGACCUGCGGCCGUGGAGUGUCUUUACGCAUAACUAACAACAACAAGCAGUGUCAGAUGGCCAAAGAAAGCAGGCUCUGCAACAUCCGGCCUUGCAAAGUGGACAUCACAAAGCACAUCAAGCCUGGAAAGAAGUGCUUGAACAUCUACAGGGUGGAGAGGCCACACAACUUCACCAUGUCUGGCUGCACUAGUACAAAAACAUAUUGGCCCAAAUAUUGUGGCGUGUGUACUGAUGAACGCUGCUGCAUCCCCUUCAAAUCGAAGACCGUGGAGGUCGACUUUCAGUGCCCGAACGGAUCCGGCUUCACCUGGCAGGUCAUGUGGAUUAACGCCUGCUUCUGCAACCUGAGCUGUAAGAACCCCAAUGACAUAUUUACAGAUCUAGAGCAAUACCAUGAGAGAAGUGAGAUUGGAAACUGAGUGUACAAGACAUUGCAGAAAAGUCAAUAAUAAGAUUUGGGUGAAAGCCACAGAUUUGUUUUUCUUUAAUUUGUUAA